AUGGCGGCGUCGUUCCACCUCGAUGGCAAGCAGAUGAAAAAUGUGAAUGUCACGGAUGCGCCAGGCUCGCCUCCAGACGGUGCUUCGGAUGAGGUCUUUGACGAUGGACUCAGCCAUGUGGCCGAGAAGUUUAGAGGCACCUCGGCCGACAAGCGAGACAUGAUGAUCAUGGGCAAGAAGCAGGUGCUGCGUCGAAACUUCAGCUUCAUCACAAUGCUGGGAUUCGCCUCGACUUGCAUUGCCAGCUGGGAGGGUAUUCUAACAUACCUCGGAUUCGUCUUGACCGAUGGCGGCCUUCCCCUCCUGUUCUGGGGCUUUAUUGCAUGUGGCAUCGGCCAGACUCUUGUCUAUGCCAGCGUUGCGGAAAUGGCGUCCAUGUCACCCACAGCUGGAGGUCAAUACCACUGGGUGUCAGAGUUUGCUCCGCAACGGUUGCGAAAAGUCUUGAGCUACUACUCUGGCUGGCUCACUGCUAUCGGCUGGCAGGUGUAUAAUGCCAGUGUGUGUUUCUUGGUCGGCACCAUGAUCCAGGGUUUGAUCGUCCUGAAUGACCCGACAUACAUCUACAAGAGAUGGCACGGGACACUCUUGUCCAUGUCCACCACCGUCUUUUGCAUCUCUUUCAACACCGUAUUGGCGUCUCGGUUACCAAUCAUCGAGGGAAUGGUUCUGAUCCUCCACAUUGUGGGCUUCUUCGCCAUCGUCAUCACCCUCUGGGUCAUGGCACCGCGUGCCGACGCACACACGGCGUUGCUCGACUUCACCAACAACGGCGGCUGGGCGAGCGACGGUCUAUCGGCGAUGAUUGGGCUGCUGGCCCCCAUGGCUGUGCUGGUUGGAUAUGACUGUUCCGUCCACAUGUCCGAAGAAAUCAAAGACGCCUCAGUCACGCUGCCUCGCGCCAUCAUGGGCUCUGUCACUGUCAACAUUACCUUGGUCUUCGUCCUUAUCACGACCCUGUGCUUCACGACGGGAGAUCAGACCUCGGCGGCCACGUCAGCCACGGGCUACCCAUUCAUCCAGGUCUUUUACAACGCGACCAACUCGUUCGCCGGCACCAACGUCCUGACGGCCAUCAUCAUCGUCAUGAUGGCCGCGUGCGCCGUGUCUGAGGUGGCGGCGGCGUCGCGGCAGAUCUGGGCGUUUGCGCGUGAUGGUGGGCUGCCGGGUUCGCCGUGGCUCGCGCGCAUUUCGCCUGGGUGGAACAUCCCACUGCCAGCGGUGACGGUAACGCUGUUGGUGUCGGCGCUGAUCUCGCUCAUCAACAUCGGUUCGACCGUCGCGCUCAACGCCAUCACCUCGUUGGGUGCCAUCGCCACGCUCAUCUCCUACUUCCUCACCAUCAGCUGCGUGCUGUACCGACGCCUCACGGGGCCCGAGCUGCCCCCUCGCCGCUGGUCACUGGGCCGCUGGGGUCUGCCCAUCAAUGCUGCGGCCCUGCUCUUCCUAACCCCGUUGAUCUUCUUCCUAAGCUGGCCCCUGACAACGCCCGUCACCGCCGAGACCAUGAACUGGUCGAGCACCAUGCUUGGAGGCUCCCUGAUCAUCGCCACGGCAUAUUACCUGGUGUGGGGCAAGAGCUCGUACGUGCCACCCGUUGUCCACGUCAAGCGCGACAUGUGA